ACGUGUGCCUAUGGCCAUGCUUGGGCAGUCCACACACACACGUCCUUCGUGCUCGACCUAGAACAGAGAAGCGCUACUUAGGGUUUUGGAUUUUGUUUUGCCUGGCGCUGCAGUGCAUGCCGAGGAGAGGGAGCGAUUAGGGAUUUUCGAGCGAUUGGCAGCGCGCGGGCAGUGUCCGGGCAUCGCAUUUCGCGAAUUGUGUAGCAGGCAUGGAGAUUUUGGAGGAAAAUCUGCUUGCAUGGCCGCCGGUUCCACCGUGACGAGGAAUUGGAAUCCACAUCGAUCGCAGCGAUAUGGCAUGCGCGGCUCACUAUCCAGCAUUGGUGGAGGCAGCUCCGAGCUGUAGAAGGUGUUGCUGUACAAUCUCUGCAUGGAUUGCGCCCCGGCAACUCACUGGCACUCUAGCCAACACCGCUGAUUCUCAUCUCCAGACUGAAAUUAAGUCGAAAAGGGGAUUUCUUCGAACAGCUGCUAUUCUACAGAAGUCUUCCGCUUAUAAAAGGCUGCGGAGCUGUCGUGUUCACAAUGGAUCGGAUACCUCCGAGGAAUAUGGAUUCAGUUCACUAUGGGAUAAACUGCGGACUAGCAUCUCUUACCUUUCGCAAGGAGAACUUAACAGGGUGAAAGAAGCUCUGAAGUUGGCUUUCGAUGCACACGACGGGCAAAAACGGCGGAGUGGUGAGCCUUAUAUCAUCCAUCCGGUUGAGGUCGGACGCAUACUUGGCGAGCUUGAAAUGGAUUGGGAAACUAUUGCGGCUGGACUUCUUCACGACACUGUGGAGGACACGGACUUUGUAACUUUUGAAAAGCUAGAGGAAGAGUUUGGUUUUAAUGUCCGCAGGAUCGUCGAAGGUGAAACGAAGGUUUCUAAGCUGGGAAAGAUUCAAUUUUCUGAUUCUCAGGCCGCAGUACAGGAUGCUCAGGCGGACGAUUUGCGACAGAUGUUUCUUGCAAUGACAGAGGAGGUGCGCGUGAUCGUUGUGAAGCUUGCUGACAGACUGCACAAUAUGCGCACGUUGUCGUUCAUGCCAGAACACAAACAAAGGCAUAUUGCUCUUGAAACGCUUCAGGUUUUUGCACCAUUGGCUAGAUUGCUAGGUAUACAUAAAAUCAAGUCAGAACUGGAAGAGCUAUCUUUUAUGUAUGCGUAUCCUGCAGAUUAUAUUGACAUGAAAAAAAAAGUCGAGAAGCAUUUUAAAAGUCAAAGCGAUCUGAUUUUGCAGGCCAAAAAUGCGUUGGUAAAGUCUGUGCAAAGCGAUCAAUUUCUUUCUCAUGUAAUUGAUGGUGUCAACAUUUUUACUUUAUGUAAAGACCUGUAUAGCAUAUACAAGAAAAAGAAAAAUCUAGAAGAAGCUGGAGACGUUGCUCAGGUGAGGAUUGUGCUGCAGCCGAAGCAGGAUUCCAUCGAUCGUCUGUGCAGUGCCAAACAAGUCUGCUAUCAUGUUCUCGGACUGGUACACACAUUAUGGUCUCCUGUACCGCAAACCAUGAAAGACUACAUUGCUACCCCAAAACCCAAUGGCUACCAAAGUCUACACACUAAAGUCAUCCCAUUUGGUUCAAAGACAUUUUUCCCACUGGAAAUUCAGAUUAGAACAGACAAAAUGGACAAAAUUGCGCAGUAUGGCAUUGCCGUGCACUUCAGUGGAAGCAUAGCCUUAACACCAGCUAUAAAUGGUUCAAGGCAACAAUCUAACUGUUUGAAUGCUGCAGAUCUUGCUCGCAGGGUUAGCUGGCUGAACUCUAUCCGACAAUGGCAAGAAGAAUUUGUUGGUAAUAUGACCUCAAGGGAGUUUGUUGACACUGUGACUGUUGAUCUACUGGGGAGCCGAGUUUUUGUAUUUACUCCAAAGGGAGAGAUCAAAAAUCUUCCAAGAGGCGCAACAGUUGUGGACUACGCGUACCAAUUGCAUGCGGAUGUUGGCAACAAGAUGGUUGGAGCAAAGGUCAAUGGCAACCUUGUAUCGCCAACACACGUUUUAUCAAAUGCCGAGGUGGUGGAGAUUUUGACAUAUGAGGGCAUAUCAAACAAGAAGCAAUUCUUACGGCACAAGCGGUGGCUGCAUUUUGCGAGGACGAGAAGCGCCAGACACAAGCUGACGAAGUUUCUGAAGGAACAGGCACUUCUAUCCGCGAUAGAGCUGACAGCUGACGCUGUUAAAAAGUUCCUUUCCAACUCCGAAGAGCUUACUAGCGGGGAAGGACAUCCAGUGACUGACGAGGACAAGGAUCGGGAUCGGGCUAUGGCCGGUUUUAGUGGACACUUCAGCAUGAACGAUCUGGCUACUUCGAAUCCCUACGCUGCCAAGUUGCUGCCAGUCCAAGACGCUAUGAUGUACGGUGGACGGAUGAUCAACGGGAAGCACGCCAAGAGGGGCGAGCUAGCCGGUAAACUGGGACGAGGGACUUGCGUUAUUGGGAGUGCUGCCUCGGACAGCCAGAGAACGUAUACUUACAUUAACAACGUAACGGACGCCAGCCGAAGUCGAGAAGACUGGUUGAUUGGCAGGCUAAAGAACUGGCAAUGCCUGGGAAGCUCUGUGCAAUGGUUCAGCAUUUGCUGCAUGGAUCGAAGAAACAUUCUUGCGGAAGUAACAGGAGCUUUAGGCGGAGCUGGGAUCUUAAUUUGCGCCUGUGUGGCUGAAACAGAUGGGGUGAAGGGAUUAGGGACGAUGCUCUUCCACAUUGAAGGUAGCACGGAUAAUCUGUGGGAAGCAUGCUCCAGUAUGGAUAUGAUCGAUGGGAUCUUGAAUUGGUCCAUCGGUUGCUGCUGGCAACCUCCAGAUACGAGGCAACGUAUCGACUUGCAAUAUAAUGCUUAGAGUGAGGUUUCUAAUGACAAUUUCACUGCUUCUCUACUAAAAACUAGUUAGUGACACUCUUCUGCUAAUAAGGUCUUAAAUAUAUCUUUAUUUUAAAACAUCUA